AUGUACAGUCGAUUAAGAUCUGUCAAAAUACAUACCAUAAAGAAUGCACGAUCACUACACAGCUCUUGUGUUAUUCGACAGGCUACUGUAACCUCGACAGUUAGAGACUAUGACGUUAUUGUUAUUGGAGGUGGUCAUGCUGGUACUGAAGCAUGUACAGCCGCUGCUCGAACAGGGGCAAAGACAUUGUUGUUGACACAAAAUAUUGAUACGAUUGGUAAAGCAUUAGAAAAAAAAAGUGAGAUGUCAUGCAAUCCUUCGUUUGGUGGUGUAGGAAAAGGUGUUUUGGUUAGAGAGAUUGAUGCACUUGAUGGUGUAUGUGGACGUAUCUCAGAUCUGGCUGGUAUCCAAUUUAAAGUACUUAACAAAUCAAGGGGACCUGCUGUUUAUGGUCCUCGAGCCCAGAUAGACCGUAAACUGUACAAGAAGCAUAUGCAUGAAUAUUUAAAAAAUUACCCCAACUUGACAAUCAAAGCUGGAAGUGUAGCUGAUCUUAUACUAAACGACGGCAUGACAGAAGAAGAAUAUGUACACAUGGUCCAGAAGGGCGCUUCCCAGCUGGUAAAAGGCGUUCGAUUGGAGAAUGGACAAGUGAUCAAAGCACCUAAUGUGGUUAUAACAACCGGAACCUUCUUGGGAGGAGAAAUUCAUUUAGGUUUAAAAGCAUGGCCAGCGGGUAGAAUUGGAGAAAACCCAUCUGUAGCACUUUCAAAAUCACUAAAAUCUGCAGGAUUUAAACUGGGUCGACUAAAGACAGGCACACCCGCGAGACUUGAUGGAAGAACAAUUAAUUACAGCGGAUUGCUAGAGCAAGUGGGGGAUAACCCUCCAUCUCCAUUCUCUUAUCUUCAUAAGACAGUACCCUAUGCAGAUCAACAAAUACUCUGCCAUCAAACGAGUACAAAUCCUCGAGUUCACAAAUAUAUUUCUGAUCACUUUGAUCAAAGCAUUCAUAUCAGAGAGACCGUAAAGGGACCACGUUAUUGUCCAUCCCUUGAAUCCAAAAUCCAACGAUUCACAGCAAAAGAAUCACACAACAUUUGGCUGGAGCCAGAAGGACUUGAUACCCAUGUGGUCUAUCCAAAUGGAAUAUCCAACACGAUGCCUGAAGAUAUUCAAUUGAAUUUCUUGAGAAUGAUUCGAGGCUUAGAACAAGUAGUGAUGCUCAAACCAGCCUAUGGUGUCGAGUAUGAUCAUAUUGAUCCUAGAGAAUUAAGGUCAACAUUGGAGACGAAGCGCAUUAGUGGUUUAUUCUUGGCUGGACAAAUUAAUGGAACAACAGGAUAUGAGGAAGCAGCAGCACAAGGAAUCAUGGCAGGCAUCAAUGCUGGCUUACAUGCACAAAACAAGAAACCGUUUGUGUUGAGCAGAGCAGAUGCUUAUAUCGGCGUAUUGAUUGACGAUUUGAUCACAAAGGGCGUGGAGGAGCCCUAUAGAGUAUUCACAGCGAGAUCUGAAUACCGAUUACUAUUACGAGCAGAUAAUGCCGAUACUAGACUCACAAAGAAAGGGUAUGAAGCAGGCGCUGUUGGAAAAGAGAGAUGGGAGCAACACCAGAGCAGCUCAAAAGCAUUAGAAAACGCGAUUUAUUCUCUUGAAAAUCUUAAAAUGUCUCCUGUCAGGUGGGCAGAGUAUGGUAUUGUCAGUGGUCCAGACGUAAGCUUUGAAAAUAGUAAUGGAAUACACAAAAGUGGAAUCGAUGUACUCAUGUGGCCAAAUAUCACUGUGGAUCAUUUCUGUGAAGCUUUACCUGAAUUAGCACAUUUGGAACCUAGAUUAAAAGAACGCGUUUUGAUUGAAGGACGAUAUAAGCCAUAUUUAAGAAAACAGCAACAUGAGAUCGAAUCUUUGAAACGAGAUGAGAAUCUCAAAUUAGAUAUCAACUUGGAUUACAACAAAAUACAUGAACUUUCAUUUGAAGCCCGCCAGAAACUAUCUAUGGUUCGUCCUGAGACACUGGGAGCUGCAAAACGUAUUGAAGGUAUUACACCGGCUGCCAUGGUAGCAUUGCUAAGAUACGUUAAGCGUUCUGCUGGAAACAGAGCAUAUCAAUAGAAAAUGAUGUAUGAUAGACCAAAUAAAAUAUUGUAUUUCAUGUCCUUUUUUUUGUCACAUGCUAUUUUUUAUUUUGAGCAUUUAGCAGC